UGCGUCUGGCGGGGUGACUGACUGGUAGGAGCUGCGGGCCAGCCUGUUGCGCACUUGGCGGCUCACGCAGACACGGCGCACUACAUCUGCGUGGAUGGAUGGACGGCGCGAGUAAAUGGACUUCCCUUAGAGACUUGUUCCUAUUUCAUGACCGGAUCCUUCACCGGGUUGGCUUUCCCUCCGAUAUAAUAAGGACUGAUUACGUCUCCUGUGAGCGGACACAGCCUUUACGCAUCCCGUGAGCACGGACUAGAGGGAAUCUCGAGGCCGCGAAACAAACAGCUGGGUUCACUCAUCUGUUGGUCGCUGCAGAGCCGCAAAGACCUCACCGCCGGCAGCACACUGAGCCAUCCAGGAAUUUCGUUAGUCAGCCGGCCGCUCACUGAGCUGUGACGCGCAGCUGUGGAGAAAGUUGGAAGAAGAUUAUCAUCAGCUGCAACCAACAGAGGCACCGCAGCCAGAAUAACAAGGAUAUUUUACAGCUGGCAUGUUUUUAGUGAUGCUGGAUACUGCAAUGAAGACCUGAGGCCCGGCGACCCAUGUAUGUCCUGCUGAAAACACACACCGAAGAGUUGCAGACACCAGUGCUGUAGGAGCGUGUGUGUGUUUACACCCUGUGCUGAGUUUAAAGCACUGUGGAGUUGAAGACCGUAGACUUCAGCCCAAGAGUAUGGUCCAGCUGUCCAUCUCUGUCUGCCUGCUGGUAGGCCUUUUGGGCCUGUUUCUGCUCGCGCCCGUUCAGAUGGCCCAGACGCCAGCCAGCAUGUGCACGCCCUUGAAGACGCUCAACGACAGCCUCAGUCACAGGCGACGGUACAUGAGGCACAACUUCCCCAUCAAGUACACCAUCAGGGUUCAUCACAACGAAGUCUUUAAACUGUCAAACAUCAGCAGACUGAGGUUACAGGUGGAGGGGUUGGAUGAGCUGGUUCUCCAGAGGCUGUGGUUUCAGGUCAACCAAGGCGUGUUAAAAAAGAUCAUUCGGGUUAUGUCUGAGAGACAUCCUUCACGUGCGUACACGGCUGAGUUGGAGAGACGCUUCAAGGAUGCAGAGGGAGUCUUCGUACAGUCGCAUCCCGCUGAGGUGUUCCAGCAGGAGCUCCCGGAGAUGAUCCAGGACACUUGGGAUAAUUUAACAGAAGAACCUGACAGAGUGCCAGAGUCCAGAUGGCGAUAUGUUUCCCCGAAGUCUCUUCUGGACAAUUUCUGCCACACCAUGCACUGCCUCUUCAGCGAGUGCUUCGCCAGCACAGAAGCGCAGCAGGACUACUGUAGAGUUUCUUAUUGGAGGAAAGGCAGGAAGAAAGACUUACAGCCCGAAAGCUGAGAAGAGGAAAGUGGAGUCAAGUCAACCCAGUUGAUACUGAGAAGGGAUCAGUAUCAUGAUGGGGCAACAGGACAAUUUGUAGGUACAUAAACAGUAUUCAUGGCGAUUUUCGGUGCAUCUGGACUUUUCUGCUAAGAUGAAAUAAAGCAAAUUUGGAUUUAUAGCUCCAACUCCUCAGAAUUUCAAAUCCUCUUUCAGUCAGGAUGCCAGAAUAUUUGUCUCUUGAUGGCAUGACAGCUCGUUGUUUUAAUACUUUUGGAAAAGAUGAGUAUAUGAGAUAAAUCUUUUCUAAUUCGGAUUCUAAGACAGACUGUUUGGUGCAAGCUACUUAUUCCUCAUCAGCGAGGCAUUUACAUAACCUGGAGUGGAACAUCACUGUGGCAUUGACAAGCCCGCGCUGUGCUCCAGUGGACCUGCAGAAACCAACAAGUUGCAGUAAGAGAGACUAUUCAUUGGAUUGAGAACUUCAGCUGACUUUGUACCAUAGCCAGACCUCUCAUCCGUCAAUGCUUCUUUCAAACAUCAACCAGCAAGAGCAAGAGCAAUGUACACAAACUGAACUUCAACCUAACGGCGAACUGAUAACUACUGGUCUCUCUUCCCACUUCUGUUGUUGUAUGCAUCUCUUACCCGCAGCCUGCAUUUACAUUUUAUUUUAAGAGCUGUACAGUCCCACAUUGCUUAUUCAAAAGCUGCCAAACAAGUUUUUUCAUUUUUGCCACCCCAUGUAUUCAUUCUAUGUGUUCAUCAAACACAAAGAACGGGAUUUUAAUUUACAUACAAUCAUGUGCCUCCGUCCAAGCUGUACAUUUUAAUAUCUACUUUUUCGACCGAACUUCUUCCAUCAGGCAACUAUUCAGUGACUAUAAAAAUUUUGAAUUUGAAGUAACAUUACAGUGAGCGUUCCAGGUGGCCUCCUUCACUGUAAAUGUAUUUAGAAGAAGCGCACUGGUGCCCCACUGCAGACAGCAGGUGCCCUCUUUAUUUUCUUCACCCCUGCCCCUCAUACAUCCCAAGUCUGCCACUGGGUCAAUGGCUAUAGUUAGUACGAACAAACAAAAUUGGCAUCCCUGGCUGGUUUGGGGGUAUUUUCAGUCCCUCCUUUAAGAAUUUCAGCUAAGAAAAUGUGAGAAAAUCCUGGCAAAGACAGCUAAACAAAACUAUGGGGUGUUUUUUUUGGUUUAGUUUUACUUUGACAACAACAAAUUCCAAGAUUUUACUUCAGAGCAAAUCAGUACAUCUUGUCAUGUUUUUCUGUCUGAUAUUGCCCCUCAGUUUCUUUCUGUUUUACUGCUUGAUUGAAAGUGACUGAAAAAUAAUUUGAUAGGCACCAUGGUUGUGAGGCUGAAUGUAUAUACACAUAUGCACACAUCAUAUGCAAUUCAUUAAUCGGGCCUGCAGGCCUAAAUCAGGUUCUAGUUCUAGAUAUAUUGACACGGACCCAACCUAAACCCUAACUGAGAAUCUUCAGUUACUAACUGGCUUAUCGUCUUAAAGGUGCAGCAUGUAAGAAUUGGCCACCUUAAAUUCAUACUCCACUCAAAUAGGGACAGCAUAUCACCGAAGUAACUGCUAACUGCUGCUAACUGUUUUCUUUUUGUGCAUCCAUGACUGUAGCUUGUUAGCUCAGUUAGCCAUGCAGCUAGCCGGACAACCAGUGGAGUGUUGUUUUUUACACAUCUUGCACAUGAGCUUUGGACCAGCGGGAGAAAGAGGUUUUCAGGCCUGUGGCUAGCUGGUUAACAUGCUAACUGUCUUCUUCACAAUAUAUAGAUGUUCACAUAAUGUCAAAACUGUUAUUUCUUCACAUUCUCUUGAUGAUUCUGGUUCAUUUUUGAGUGUUUUUAACUAAAAUUCUUAUAUAUUGUACCUUUUAAAGCAUAAUUUAAACAGAUUACCCACAGCUGCUGGUUAAUACCAGCUACUAGUCACUUCACAAAAACACUCCCUUCCAAAUAAAUUAUAAUGAUGAAAAACAUUUAAAAUGCUUCGGACAUACAGAGGCCUAUAUUUACUAUAGCCCUUCUGAAAAUCUUUUGAAUGACUGACUUGAGUGACACUUAGCUUUUUAUUUUGAUUUUUGAUUGAUUUGUCAUUUAGCAAUUUAACAUUGGUAGCUAUGGGUUUAUAAUAAAAAAUACCCUUCCUUUUAACAGGCUUGUUCCAUCAGAUUCACUUUCUUAGUGGAUGUCUAAGUGUCCAUUUACACAGAGAGAGGUCUCAACUGACAGGAUGUAAAGCCUGUCUUUAAGGUUGGGUAAGACUCUAGGUUAGGUUAAUUGGAUUGGAAAAGGGGAAUUAUAAUGUAUUCCAUGUAGUAAUUCCUUGAUUCUUUCAUUUUGGCCAUUAUUAGUUAAAGUGUAUUGUAAAUAGUUUUGAUGGAUACAUUUUCUAUUUAAUAUUUACCAAAGUUUUUUUUUAUUUUCUUUUACUGGAAAAAUUUAAUUCAUACUCAAUAGGAAAUGAGCCCAAGUGAAGUGGCCAUUUAUUCCCUCUUUAGAAUAUUUUCAAGUACAUGUAGGCAAUUGUAAUUGCUAUAAAUAAUGAAUUAUAAAUGUUGAAUAUGCAUAUACAGGAUGUACUUCCCGGGGUCCCGUGGAAUUUCUGUGUUGUUUCGGAAGCCAGUUGUUAGUUUAUGUCAGAGGACCCCAUUUCUAAACUAACUUUAGCUAAUGUUGCCGUCUGUUAGCAAUACGGAGAGAGGCACCGAGAUGAGGUACCAAGAACAUGCAUAAGUUCACGACCUUUGGACUUGGAAAAUCCGACCCAAUCUGAGAAACAAAUACAUCAAAUGCAACUUAAACAAAUCGUCCACAGGCUCGUGUAGGCAACCGAGAGUGAGGAGAAGAUCCCAUUUUAUCAACUUCUGUAAAGUCUGCUCACAUAAGGUCAAUAAAAAUUAUGGGAUUGAUGUGUGUAAAAUUCCCAUAAAUUGUUACAUCCAGCCCCUUUAAGAUAAACCCAACAGGUAUGCUGCAAAUGUGUUGAGUUGGCAUAGAAAUGUACAAUCUCUGAUAUUUUGUACUUAAUCUUCCAAAUGUCCCAGAAGCUAAAAGAUGAAGGUGGCUGUUGUUAUGCAUACAUGAUGCAACCAAGCCAAACCCCAGAGGAUUAAAUCACAACUAACAGAGCAAGUUAAGUGAAAUGAAUUGACCCUAAGGUCUCUGUUAGCUUCAGCCAACCACUCAUAUAGUGACAUGAGUGGGGUCGUUUACCCUGCCCAUAGUCAUGUGCUCAAUAUUAUUAGCACAGUACUUCAUGCAUUGUAUGUUUUUCUUAGAGCCAUGUUUUUAAAUUUGAGUUGUAGUGGUGGCAACAUGAUGCACCUGGUUGACUGCCUGCAAAUCAUGACUUGCUGUUUUAGUCAGUACCUGAUGUAACAUUUCCUUAAUUGUAUUCACUUUUUGGCUAUUCUAAACCUGUAUCUCAGCUGCCAAUUCUACUGGAGUUAGAAAAGCACACUUUUUAAUCCUGUGGUAGUAGAAGAAAGGCUUAUUUUGAGGUGCCAUAAUUAUCUCCAGGGUCAAUCAAAGAUUUACCCUGUCGACAACCAUGGCCACCAUCCCACUGCAGGAGUGUAAGAAAUUGGCCACACUUACAUAUUGAUCAUUUUGGUUCAUUUUUGAAUGUUUUGAACUCAGAUUCUUACAUAUUGACCCUUUAAAACCAUAAUUUGAAACACAUUACGUUAAGACAAGUUUGUUUUAGUUCAUGUACACACUCCUAACUUCUCCCAACUAAGCCUGUGUCACUCCUGAGGAGGUAGAAUGAUGCUGUUCAAUGAUUAUGUUAUAUACACAGCAAUGGGUUGAGCCUAAGUCUAAAAAGAGCCCAUUGACAGCUUCCACAUGUAAAGGACUACCCGAGGUUCUCAGAUGCAACUUUAUGAUGAUGUAACAGUUGAAUGAUAAUUAUUGGUGUAUUGUUAUGAAUGCAGUAAUUCUAUUUGUAUUGUACUUUAUGAAUCAUAUGUAACUGUAUGGUUGUCCAUGUGUAACCAUAAGAGCAUUUUAAAGUAUAUUCAAAGAUCCCUCAUUGUGAAUACAAAGUGAUAUUUCCCACAGCUGACUGGCAACAACAGAGAUGAUAACUGCAAAUACAUGAACGGUUGCUGUCUGUGGUCUUUAGAAGCAGAUUUCUUUUUGUACACAAGAUAUUGAAUGUAUUUAUUUUUUGGAAAUGUAUAAUGCUACGUGACAAUACUUUUAUUAAAGAAAUAAAAAAACAAAUCGCUAUUUUUAUCAACUAA